GGCCGGAGUCGGGUUAAUGCGGGAGCGAAGACGUAGCUAGCAGAAGUGUGGCAGUUAGUGGGGAGAGCCUAAACACGAGCGGCAUGUCACACGAGACUCUUUGCUGACGCUGCCCAAAUCCAGUACACUCACCUCAGGUCGUGCAAUCCACAUUGACCCUUCCCUCCAGUUCAGCGGACCUCUCCACAGCUCUCUUCCUCACCUAUGCCAGGCCUGAGGCCAGUCUUGCAAAGAGGUCGCGGUGGGCGUGCAGCUGGACAGCAGGAACUCUAAGCUCUGCAGGGUGCCGGGGCAUCAAAAGCUGGAAUUCUUGACCUUGACCGCGCCUUGUCAGGAGGCUGCUCUGUCUUAAGCCGUGGUUGGAAGGAGCAGAUCUGUGCCAAAAUGAGGAAAUGCAGCUGCCAAAGCCUUGUAUAAAAACCUUAAAUGCUCACAAGCAUCAAGCUCCAGAAGUCUCCAAAUCCCAGAACUUCCCUGCCACCGAAUCCUAGAAAUUAAACCCGACACUGUUGGCUUCAGGAAAACUGGGCACUUCAGAACCCAAUGCUAAGGACCCCUAUUUUCCAUCUUUGUGAUCCUGGGCAAGUUGCACCUCCAUUUUCCUUCUCAGUAUAAUAGCAAUACAGUAAUGAUGAAAUGGACCCCAAAGGGAGAGGAUUGUUUGGGGAAAUGUUGGGCUCUGUGGCUGGAAUGCGGAAAAUUUACAUAAAUGUUGACUACCAAAAGUAUGACAGUUACUUAGAAUCCUAAACCUUUGCAAACUGUAGCUUUGCUUUGCUUUUCUUGUUUAGGUUUUUGAGACAGAAUCUGGCUUUAUGGCCCCAGGCAGCCUUAAACUCUUGAUCUUUCUGCUUUAGCCUCCUGGGUGCUGGGAUUACUGGCGUGUGUUACUAUGCUGGGUGAAACUGGAGCUUUUCAAAGGAGAAUGUCAACAAGGCUGGGGGGGGGGGGCGGUUCAGAAUCCUCAGGCUAUGCAUAUAUUGUUCCUGACAGGACGGGAACCCUGGGCUGCCUUGUAUAUGACUUUUUCUUCUUAAUCUCAUUUUUGUGAUACUGAGGAUGGAACCAGAUGCCUUGUUCAAGUAAAACAAGCCCUCUGCCACCGACUUUCUUCCCCUAGCCCUUUGUUGUGAAGUUGGAUGCAUUAGUAUGGGGCCGUUGGGGCUGUUCGCAGGUGGGUGGCUGGUGGGUCAGAGCACUCACGCAUAAACAUCAUGCAGAGAUCCUUUCCUCCUCACGGGGAGACUCUAAGCAGAUUCUAGGAGCCAGUGAUUCUGAGACUUGUUGAUUCUGUGAAUUUGUGGUAGGAGUACACCCCACUUUCUCCAUGAACUGCAUCGCACACCUCCUGUCUUCUAUGGGAAGAAAGGCUACAUAGGUGUCCAGAUCUCCCAACCUUUGGUGACAUGAAAGAUGGGGACCAUUCAUAUUCAUUCUACCUGAGGAAAAACCGAGGCCUGAGGCAGAGCAAAACCUGUGGAAACAAAGCACUAGUCCAUCUCUUUCUUUGGUGUUUCCCAUCCAAACGCUGGGCUUCAGAUCCCGUCUUCUUUUCAACCCAGUGGUCCUCAAGCAUCCUCCCGUGCACAGAAUGGUGUCUCUACCUAUCUCAGGAUGCCUUUGGGUUUUGAGUUAUUUUCCCUUUUUUUUUCUGACUCUACACACUUUUGUUUAAGAAAUUGUGGUUUCUCAUGAGCCCUGUUAUCUCAUUGAUACCUUUUACCUCUGUCGUGAGGGGAAGAAAUCAUAUUUUCAGAUGACUUGUAAAGGGCAAAGAAAAAACCCAAAAUUUCAAAAUUUCCGUUUAAGUCUCAUAAGAAAAGAAUAAACAAAGCGAGAGAGAGAGAAAAAAAAAACUAUGAGAACCCCCCCCCACCCUGUGAUUAUCAGCACACACACUCAUCAAAAAAAUUGAAUUAUUAGAAGAGAGAGGUCUGCGGCUUCCACGCCGUGGUUUUUCUUCUCGGUAUAAAAGCAAAGUUGUUUUUGAUAAUGUGGCAGUUUCCCACAAGCCAGACUGAUCCUUCUCUGUCAGUCCAUUGCACCAAGCCUGCCUCUGAAAAGAAUCCAAUGCCCAACCCCAGGCCAGCCAAGCCCGUGGCCCCUUCCUUGGCCCUUGGUCCAUCCCCAGGAGUCUUGCCAAACUGGAAGACUGCACCCAAGGGCUCAGAACUCCUAGGGACCAGGGGUCCUGGGGGAACCUUCCAAGGCCGGGACCUGAGAGGUGGGGCCCACGCUUCUUCCUUGAACCCUCUGCCACCGUCACAGCUGCAGCUGCCUACAGUACCCCUCGUCAUGGUGGCACCCUCUGGGGCCCGACUGGGCCCCUCACCCCACUUGCAGGCACUUCUCCAAGACAGACCACACUUCAUGCAUCAGCUCUCCACUGUGGAUGCGCAUGCCCAGACCCCUGUACUACAAGUGCGCCCACUGGACAACCCAGCCAUGAUCAGCCUCCCACCACCUUCUGCUGCCACUGGGGUCUUCUCCCUCAAGGCCCGGCCUGGCUUUCCACCUGGGAUCAAUGUAGCCAGUCUGGAGUGGGUAUCCAGGGAACCAGCUCUACUCUGCACCUUCCCACGCUCGGGGACACCCAGGAAAGAUAACAACCUCUUGGCUGCACCGCAAGGAUCCUAUCCACUGCUGGCCAACGGAGUCUGCAAGUGGCCUGGUUGUGAGAAGGUCUUUGAGGAGCCAGAAGAGUUUCUCAAGCACUGUCAAGCAGAUCACCUCCUGGAUGAGAAGGGCAAGGCGCAGUGCCUCCUCCAGAGGGAAGUGGUGCAGUCCCUGGAGCAGCAGCUGGAGCUGGAAAAGGAGAAGCUGGGUGCUAUGCAGGCCCACCUAGCCGGGAAGAUGGCACUGUCAAAGGCUCCAGCUAUGGCCUCAGUGGACAAGAGCUCUUGCUGCAUUGUAGCCACCAACGCGCAGGGCAGUGUUCUCCCAGCCUGGUCCGGUCCCCGGGAGGCUUCCGAAAGCCUGUUUGCAGUGCGGAGGCACCUCUGGGGAAGCCAUGGAAAUGGCACCUUUCCAGAGUUCUUCCACAACAUGGACUAUUUCAAGUUCCAUAACAUGAGGCCCCCUUUCACCUAUGCCACCCUCAUCCGAUGGGCCAUCCUGGAAGCGCCAGAGAAGCAGAGAACACUCAAUGAAAUCUACCACUGGUUCACACGGAUGUUUGCCUACUUCCGAAACCACCCGGCCACCUGGAAGAACGCCAUCCGCCACAACCUGAGCUUGCACAAGUGCUUUGUGCGAGUGGAAAGUGAGAAGGGAGCGGUGUGGACCGUAGAUGAGUUUGAGUUUCGCAAGAAGAGGAGCCAGCGCCCCAGCAAGUGCUCCAAUCCUUGUCCUUGACCUCAAAACCAAGAAAAGAAAGAUGGACAGGGGCCAAAACAUAAAACAGGGGCUGUGGAGGCAAGGAGGCAAGUCAUGGACAUAUCUACAGAGACCAGGCAAUGAUGUUUCCGCCGUCUUGCCUGCCAGGGCCUCUGCUCCCUAUCUAGCUGCCCUCCCGGAUUAUAUCUUCCGCCUUAAGGCUGAGGGACACCAAUCCCAGUCGGGCCCCUAUCCCCAACCUAUUCCCAAGACGGGCUUUCCAGCCAAAUAGCCCUCAGACCCAGGUAUACAUACAGCCUGCCUUGGCCACUCCCAAGUGGAAAAAUGACACAGACACACAGUCAUAAGCCUGUCUCCUGGAAUCAACCCAAACCCUAAAACACAAAGAGCCUGCCUUGGUACAUUCGCCUGCCCUCAAAGUUGCAUAGUACUGCAGUCUCAUGUGACUGCAGCCCUACUGACUCAUACACCCACACCCACAUCGGGGACCAUGGGCACUAACUGUCACACAUAGGUAUAUAUGCAGACCCUUGCACAACAGCAGCACCGGAACCUUCAGGAUUGCAUCCCAGAAAACCACACAGGCAUAACUGGUAAUACAGUCUCAUGCCAUGCCCCAAAAUAUCAACAGUCACAGCUUGUCAGAACUCACACAUGUACACACAUGCAGCCCCCUCCACUGUAUCUCCUGAGUUCCAUGAAUACA